AUGCUCCAGCGGUUCGAAACCAUGCAGAUUAUUGGAGAAUAUGACGAACUCUUGGAUUGGGACGAUUUGGUGGACGCUAUGUCGGUCCCCGCGUUUCUUGCCGAGGAGGCCCUCACGAACAUGAAGUCAGUCAUCGAGACGGCCGAGAAAGUGGAGGAGAUGAAGCGCAAGGCAUUCAUCCUCAACUUCCUUGGCGGCCUUCUGUUUUGGAUUCCCUUCGUGGGACAGGUCCUUGGCCCGGGAAUGAGGACGUUGGGAUUAAUUCUGCGCAUGAUUGGAAGGGUUGGUGAGGCCGCCAUGGGUAUUUACGACGUG